AAUAACAGUGUAUACUUAAUGGAACACAACUGAAUGGCGUAUAACAGGGCUGCCAAUUGGCACCAAGAUAACCGUCAGUGUGGCAGCACUGACCAAUGGCUCUCUGAUGGGAGAAGAAGAGACCAUCGUCACCUACACUGCUCCUGAACCUGUUUCAGACCUCCAUUUGGUUGCAACAGAUAGCUCCCUCACUGCCACAUGGACGUCAUCUGGGGGUAAUUCUUUCACCAUCGAGCUCUACCUGGAUGGCCAAACAGUAAACACGGCCAACUCAACAUUACCUACGUGGCGCUUUGAUGGACUAAAGACUGCAGCCAAUUACACAGUGAUCGUCUACACCUUUAGCGGAUAUCUCAACAGCUUGCCAGUGAACAGCUCCUGUUUCACUAAGCCACUGCCACCUACUAAUGCCAGAACCCAAAUCUAUGAUAAACACCAAAUCACCAUACAGUGGAACCCCCCUGACAACAUAGCACCAAGAGCAAUGUACUCUCUGAAAAUCAGCUCCGGCUUCUGGGGCUACAGCAUGUCUUAUACUACUACCACCACCAGCUACCAGUUUGGUGACUUGAAAUCAGGGACCAAGUACAACUUUGAAGUACAAACAAUGGCCGGUAAUGAGACAAGUGGCGCAGUAGUUGUGUCACAGUGUACAGCUGCAGAGAAAAGGGAAAUCAGCCUGUCUAUGUUGUGCUCUUCGGCUGUACCUCUCCUCUGUGAUAACACCACCACAAGGAAACAUGUGUUUGAGAAGUUGAAUGCACGUUUCAACAUGCUGUUGAGGGACAGUGUUUUCUGGACACUCGAGAAGCAGGAAACUUAAAACAAAGGAACACAAGGAUGAUAAUGUUGCUUUGGGUUUUUUCAAUUGGUAUUGAUGAAGGUAUUUUAGUGUUUUCUGUCUUGGGUUUACUUUUUUGCACUAUACUGCUGCUCAGGAAAUCAAAUAUUAAGUCACAGUGUGUAGUGAAAAGAAGAAUUAAUUAAGUAAUUAUAAUGUGUCUUGUGAUUUUGAAUCUAGUUAACUGAAGUUGACUGCUCUGACUCUUUUAUAUUUUUAAUUUUAAUUUUCAAAACAAUGCCGCAAAAAAAAAACUAUAAUAACACUGAAAUCUAUUUCCUACUUUUGCUGCUUUCCUCUUGUUUUUAUUUGUUUUAUAUCAUUUUAUUUCCCUUGAUGUUGUUUUGCGUGUAUGCCCCAUUUCCAACAGGAAAAGAAAUGUCUGAUGUUGUAACUAAAUAAUGAAGAAAGGGUGAGAGAUAGUGUUCUUGUGUGAAAAUUAAAACUCAUUGAACAUGUUCCAGCCGUCAAUAAAGUUUUCCAGCUGAAUACACAUCACAGCAA